AACUCACUUUCGUAUCUUUUUAUUUUCUGUUUAUAUUUUUAUUCUUCGGUGUUUUCUCUUCAUUUCUCUUCAAUUGUCAUCAACAAUCACUUGUAUUCUUUAUACUGAUCAUCAUUGCAAAAUUUUUUCUCAUCUUAAUUUUUUUUUCUUCUUCCAGUGAUUGAUUAUCGUACUUCUAAUUUCUUUAAUUGGUUUAAGUGGUGUGGAAAUUGUGAUUUAACGGAAAGUGUCACAACUUAAGGGUCUUGAUUUGGUUCUUUUGCCCUCUUUAGAUGUGUCAACAUUUUAUCCAUUUUCUAACCAAGUUGAUUAUCUUGAAGAUCAAAUUUAAAACAAUUUAGUGAUUGUUUUCUUUUCCAGUUUCUUUUUUGUUUCUUUAUUGAAAUAAUCAAUAUUCAUCAUGGACAAAUCACCAUCCGAUAAAUCAACCGCUCGAAGAGUAUCCAAAAUGGGCUUCAUUGGAGGUGGAAACAUGGCCUAUGCUAUAGUCGUUGGUCUCAUUAAAUAUGGAAAAGUUGAACCUUCAACCAUCAUCAUCAGCACUCGAACUACAGCCAGUGGAGAGAAAUUCAGUAAACUCGGGUGUCAGGUGACAACUAAAAACGCUGAUCUGGUUAAAGAAGUCAAAGGCUCUGGUACCGAUGGUGCAAUAUUUUUAUGCGUUAAACCAAUACAAUUUACCGAGAAUCGGUCAACCUUUCGUGCACUUCUCAGCUGUUUCGAUGGACACAUAGUAUCCGUAAUGGCUGGAUUAACCAUAGAAAGUUUGGAAGAUGUUCUUGGAAAAGGAUUAAACAUUGUCCGAACAAUUCCAAACACUGGUGUUCAAGUUGGUGCCGGAGUUUGGGCUUGUUCAGUGAGAAACAACUAUUCAGGUUUCGAGAAGCUUCAAAAUAUUGCAUCAACAGUCUCCUUCUUCCCAGUAGUUGAAGAGAAGCUAAUUGAUAUCAUCUCAGGACUCAGCGGAAGUGGAAUAGCAUUUAUUUACACAGCAAUACAAGCAUUAAGUGAUGGUGCAGUUAAAAUGGGAUUAGAUCGAACCCUGGCAACUCGAAUUGCUGCUGCAACUGUCAUUGGAGCUGGUAAAACAGUUCAAGAGACAGAGACUCAUCCAUAUGUUUUACGUGAUAAUGUUUGCUCACCCGGAGGAACAACUAUUUAUGGAAUACACUCUUUGGACAAAGCCGGAUUCAGUGGUAUAUUAAUGGAUGCGGUGGAAGCUUCAACAGUUCGGUGUAAAAUAGUCGCUCAAGGGAAACAAGAUAAAAAAUAGACAAUUUAAUUGAUACAAAAUGAUUCGUUUGGGGAUAAACAAAAACAAAUGUUAUCUCAUUUAUCGCAUCACCAGCAAUCAAGUGCCUCAAUCAAUGUUAUUAUUUUUUUUCGUAUACAUAUUAAUCGUGUCUAAUUCAGCAUAAUACUUAUCAUUUA